GCUGGCACAAGGGCGGAUCCGACGACCAGGGUACCAUCCGUCAAGAUCCUUGGCUUAAAAUUGUGUUUGGGUAUCCAAAACGAAGCAAAAAUGCUGCCUUGCAUUCUCAGAUGCUUUCCGAAUGUCGAGAGGCUGCAUAUUAAGUCCAAGAAAACUGCUGAGACCACAGGCGAGCUCAACCUCAAGUUCUGGGAGGAGUCCGGUGCCACUGAAUGCAUCCGUUCACACAUUAAUUUAGUGGUCUUCAAGAACUUCCAAGGGGAUCAGAGUGAGCUUUGCUUCCUGAAAUUCUUCCUUGAGAGAGCACAGAUGCUGCAAGAGCUGGUCAUUGUGUAUGGCAAAGGGUACUUCAGUUCGACGACCGAGGCCAAUUCGAGGGUCAAGUCUCUGUUCGACACAACGUGGGCCAGCAAAUGCUGUUCGCUGCUGCUCUAUGAGAGUAAAUUUCCUAUAGAUGAAGAGCGUGAAAUACUGACCUUCAAGAGAGGGUCUGAUUUUUCUAUAAGGGACCCUUUUUCCUUCGUCGUCCAUGCUUAGUGCUCUGUUGCAGCAUCUACAUGAGAGAUAAUCUUUGGUUAUUUUACCAUGUGGUAAGGCCAUGAUACCUUUAGCUACAUUGCUAAGAGUAGUUGUCCAAGACUGACCAAACUAUGAUGUGUAGGCGUGUAGCAUCCUUGACCAGUUAGGCUAAAAUGCAGCCCACUGCCAUUUAUCCUUGGGUGUUCUCUCCACAGUGACGAGUAGUACUUCCAGGGAACAUAAGUACUUAGCAUUCUAGGGCUUGCAAGUUGCAUCUUGUCUGCGUAUGCUAUGACAUUUUGUAACACCAUUUACAAACAUGUUUAUUAUGAAUAAUCUUAUUUAAA